AUGGCUUCAACACCUUGUGCAGCAUGCAAGCUCUUGAGACGAAAGUGCACUCAAGAAUGUGUCUUUGCGCCCUAUUUCCCACCAACUCAGCCUCAAAAGUUUAUAUAUGUUCACAAAGUCUUUGGAGCAAGCAAUGUAACCAAGAUCCUCAACGAUCUUCCACCUCUAAACCGUGAAGACGCUGUUAAUUCCCUCUACUAUGAAGCCGAGGCCCGUAUCCGUGACCCUAUUUACGGAUGCGUUGGUCUCAUCUCCUUCUUACAACAAUGUCUCAAGAAAAUCCAACAAGAUCUUGUCACUGCUAAAGAGGAGCUUGCUGGUUACAUUGGACCCGAUGCUGUGAAUCCGCAACAGCCUUAUCUUCCUCCUCUAGCCAACAACCCUCCACCUAAUUUCAUGAUGGCUAUGGAAGCAAUGCCACAUGGAGUGAUCCCUCAAGGAGAACCAUUGAUCAUACGCGAUCCAAACAUGCCUCAGCAUCAACAUCAACCACAAGAUGAGCAGAUGCAACUCAUGGCUGCUGAUGCACAGAGAAUGGCUGCGAUGAUUUUGGACAGAGGAGAUCAGCAAGGGAUGUUCAAUGCUUAUGGAAUAGAUAACAAUGGGUCUGUUACAGCCACCGGGUAUAACCAGAUGGAUGUGAAUGAUCACACGGCUGGUGGGUCCUUGUCUGGACCAUCUCUUGCUUUAGGAAGCUUUAGUGAUGGUUAUCAAAUGGGUCAAGAGACAGAGCAUCAUAUUAAUCAUGAUCAGCUUCAGACACAGCUUAUGCUUCAGCCUCCAUUACAAGAAGGUCAAGAGCAAAAUGAAGGACAGUUUCUGAUGCAACCUAUGGGACAAGAGAAUCUCCAUGAAGAAGAGGAGGAGGAAGAGCUUGAGCCACCGGUUAAGUGGAGGAAAUCUGAGAACAAGGAAGCUAGUUAUUAA